CUUCCGGUUCACGGUCUGACCCACAGCUGGGUUUAAAGGACCUGUCAGCGCAGAUGACAAGUCACGUGACAGUGAAAUACUAGGAGCUGUUGUCUCCGCUUGUUUCCUUACUCAGCUCCGGUUCUUCACGCUGAAGUCUCUCUCCCCGAGGAGCAGAUUAUUCAGAAUGCUGUCUUCGGUCAUUAUAAUAGGCCUGCUGGCCUUUGCCUCUAGCAAACCAUUGGAUACUGAAGCAUCCAACAAUGAGCUGCUCCUGUCACUCAACAAGGAUCUGCUUCGCUCUCUGGAGAGGCAGGGCGGACUCCCCAACCCCAGUGUGCACUUGGCAUUACGGAUUUCAAAUCACCACAACCUUGCCAAGGAGAAUGAACACCUGAAUAGACUGAAGACUCAUCUGCACAACGACUUACAAAACUCUCUCUCUAACAGCCAGUCUGUGGUCGGCCUCUUGGCACUGUACACUCUGGCUUUGAAGUCGUCCUGCUACGACCUCAACACAGUCACCUUCACCGUCAGGGAGACAAGUGAGACGCUGCUGACACACCUGAAGAGGCAGAUGGAACAAGAAAAAGAGCACAUUGCCUACAGCCACCGCCCUUUGACCAACUAUUACCAAUACUCUCUGGGAGUGCUCGCUCUUUGCACAAGCGGCAUCAGGGUCAAUAACCAUGUCAGCAACAAACUCAUCAAGGCAGUGGAACAACAACACCUCAAACAUGGAGACACUGAGAGCACUGAUACCUAUGCCAUGGCUGGGAUGGCCCUCCAGUGUGUGAAGGACACUGGUUUUCAUGUGCAGAAUGCCGCGGAGCUGGACACAGCGCUCAGCACAAUCAAGCAGAAGCUUUUGGCCUCUCGCAGGACUGAUGGCCAUAUUGGCAAUGAGUUCAGCACAGGUGUUGCAGUUCAAGCCUUGUUGGCAAUGGGCAGCCCGGCUGCAGAUUUUGCUGCCGCAAUGGAGGCCAUGAGGAUAGACGCCAGAAGCAACACAUACCACAACCCCAUGGCCAUAUCUCACAUCCUGCCAGCACUCCAGCAGAAAUCCUACCUGACUGUUAAAAGCAAGGAGUGUCUCAGUGAAGAUGACACUCUGGUGCUGGAGCCCAUCGAUCCUGUGGUGGUUUUACCAAGCGAUACCAAGGUGGCUGUGGCGGUGGAAGUGGUGACGUCCAGCGGGGCAGCUGCGGUUUACUCUGUUGACGUGCCAAAGGGCAGCUCUCUGUUGGAGGCCCUUGAACUUCUCAAGGCGAAAAGCGUUGACUUCACGUUUGAGAAGGAGUCCAGUCUGUGGGGACCUUUCUUAAGUGUGGUGAAUGGAGAGCAGGCCAGACAAAGUGACCGCAGAUACUGGCACCUCUCCUCUGAUGGCACUGCACUGAGUCAGGGUAUCAAUGAUUUCAAGUUUGAGGCGGCUCAAAAGAUCACCAUCAAAAACACAAGCUACUGAGAAUCAGUCACUGCUGAUGCGUCAGUGACUGAUGACAAUUGAAAACAGUUCACUCUUGCAUUUUUUUCUGUCCUUUGUUGUUUCACCCAGUGAUUAUAUUCAAAUUGCCACACAAGUUUUGCAUUUCAUGUUCAAUUGUGUACAAUUCUAAUGUAAUUUAGACACAACUGAACGUACUCUGCUGUGUAUAUUCUAACUUUAGUAUGUCAAUUGUAAAGAUUUUUUUUUUUAUGUGAUUUUGCUUUUCAAAAAAGCUGUGAUAGCUUCUUAAAAAUAAAAGUUUCUGGAGGUUU